UAUCUGACAAAAAGUAGGGGGGUAAUCUCACUUUUUUGCUAUUUAGAAAGCAAUUUUCCUGCGGAAAGCAUCACUUGCUUGUUACAGUCGAGUUGUAUAUUUGUACCGGUCGACUCGCGCCUUUAAAUCAGUUCGUUUCGUAAUUAAAAAUCGACAAAAUGAGUGCCUGGCCUGAAGAUGUGGGAAUUAUUGCAAUGGAAAUAAUUUUCCCGGCUCAGUAUGUGGACCAAACUGAGCUGGAACAGUACGAUGGAGUGUCGGCUGGAAAGUACACUGUCGGACUGGGGCAGAAAAAAAUGGGCUUCUGCAAUGACCGAGAAGAUAUCAACUCCCUGUGUCUUACUGUGGUGGACAACCUUCUAACCAGGUACCAGGUAAAGCCUCAAGAAAUAGGGCGCUUAGAGGUGGGCACCGAGACAAUAAUCGACAAGUCGAAAAGUGUAAAAACUGUUCUGAUGCAACUGUUUGAGCCUCACGGAGUGACUGAUAUUGAGGGCAUUGACACCACUAAUGCCUGCUAUGGGGGCACUGCCGCCCUCUUUAACGCCAUCAAUUGGGUAGAAUCCUCUUCCUGGAACGGCCGAUAUGCUCUUGUGGUGGCCGCAGACAUUGCCGUUUACGCCAAAGGCCCUGCAAGGCCUACGGGAGGAACUGGAGCUGUGGCCAUGUUAGUAGGCCCGAAUGCGCCUUUGGUAGUGGACAGGGGGCUCAAAAGCUCAUUCUUCAAGCAUGCCUAUGACUUUUAUAAGCCAGACUUGACUUCUGAGUACCCAGUGGUGGACGGCAAGCUUUCCAUUCAGUGCUACUUGGAAGCUCUGGACAAAUGUUACCAGGUUUAUUGCCAGAAGGCAGAAAAGCUGUUGCAGAAGCCUGUGAGUAUUGAGUCGUUUGAUGGAAUCCUUUUCCAUACCCCCUACUGCAAGCUGGUGCAGAAAUCUGUUGGGAGACUGGCUUUGAAUGAUUUUGUGCGAGAAGGCAAGCCCGAACUGCAUCCAGAUUUGGAGAAGUUCGCCAACAUCCAGCUGAAAGACUCCUAUUUUGACCGGGAUGUUGAAAAGGCUUUUUUGAGCGCCAGCAAUGCGGCCUUUCUCCAAAGAACUUUGCCUUCAUUGCUUAUAGCUGCUAAUAUCGGAAACAUGUACACGUCGUCCCUCUAUGGUGGUCUGGUUUCAUACAUCGUCUCUAGAUCCUUGGAAAAUCUAGUGGAUAAUCGAGUCGCUAUGUUCUCCUAUGGAUCGGGCCUGGCAUCCAGUUUCUACUCAAUCACCAUUAAAAAUAACGCCGCUCUUCAGACAUUGAAGAACAACCUUAGCUAUGUGGAACCUUUGUUGGCGAAACGCUCGAAAAUCGCCCCAGAGAAGUUUGAGGCAACGCUGGAAUUGAGGCAGCAGAGCGCCCACAAGGUUCCCUAUGAACCUGUAGGAGAUAUCAGCCAUUUCUUCCCGGGAACCUUCGUCCUGACAAAAAUCGAUGAGCAGCAUCGUAGGGUUUACGAUAGGAUUUCCAAAACGAUCACCAACGGCCACUCAUAGUCAAAUAUUUUUAUUAUAGUAUAUGCAGACAGGUGGAUUAUCCGCUUGUUUUCAAUAUUGAACGCUGUUAAAUGGGUACCAAAGUGAUGGUUUUGACAUGAAUGGGUUUUUAUUUAUUCUGUUUUUCUGGGGAAUUUUCCCCGAUUUUUAAGCGCAGUUAGUUAAUCAGUCUGCUUGACGAUAUAAUUGUUCAGAUCACUUGUUUUCUUCUUGAACUUUGCUCGAUUUUGUUCAAAGUUCCAGCAAAUUUGAACUGAGGAUUCUUUUUUAUCUGGCUGGCAGUAAAACUCUGUGCUUAUACAGGAUGUUGCUGCUAAAAUCUGCUCCCUUGAAGUUGGCGAAAAUGCCAGUUGGAGUGUUUCUGCUCAGGUGUUCAAUGGUGCAGAUUUUACUGGAAACACCCAGUAUAGAUUCUGAAGAUAUUUGGCUGUAUUUUUCGCAUUGUUUAGACCAAUAUGAAGCAGGAUGUGUGCAAUGUUGUAUAUGUAAAAUAUUGUAAAAAAUGUUUUUUACACUUUCCAGUCGUGUCAAUUAACCAAUUUGUUAUAUGAGGAUAUUAAAUGUUUAUUAAAUAA